UUGAAUUUUUGGAAACAUUCUGAUAGCCGUUGAAACAUUUUGAAAAUUUAAAAAAAAAUUGGGGUUUCUUUUAUUUAAUUCAAGUUUUGCUUAUUUAAAUUCUAUUUAAUUUAUGGACUUAAUAAUCUUAGUUAUUGUAUCCAAUUCAGUGAAAUAAAAUUAUGAUACCCUACCUAAAGGAAACCUCAUAUAUGAUUAUUUUGAUUAAAAUAAAAUAAAAUAAUUUUCAUCCCUUAGGAAGCCAUUACCAUGUUGGAAAAAUUAAAAAUAGAAACUCAACAUAUACUUCAAUGUAAAACAGAUGAACUACAUAAACUCAAGCAAUAUGCCGCUGACUCAGCUAUGGAAAUACUAUUCGAUACCAAUAAAUUUGACGAAUUGUCAAGAGAAGUGAAAGAUUUAGAACAAGAUAUAUGUGAAGCCAGAUCUUUAAAUCAAAAAAGAGUAAGUGAAUUAUUUGCAUUCAAAGCUUUAGAAACAGAACGACUGGAAAAAUCAGAAAAACAUGUUAAUGCGGUACACAAAGAUGUGUUUGAAAUCACUGAUACUAUAACAAAAAAUGCUAAAAAAAUUCAAGAACUUAAUAAUUAUUACAGACAGUUAGAGUUAUCCUAUUUAAAAGAACGAAAUUCUUCACAAGAAAUUAUUGAAAAAUUAGAUACUGAUUUUAAAAAAUUAUCAAAAGAUCUGUCAUUAUCUUCUAAGCUCUUAACGAUUGCACAACUAAACAGUAAUAGUCUUGCUAACGAAAAAGAUUCAAUGAGUAAAAAUAUUGGGAAAUUAACAGGUGAAAUCAAUCGGUUAGAAGAGAAACUCCGCGAUGGACGUGCCAAGUUAUCUAUAGAACAGGCAAAGUAUGAUACUUUAUCGAUGGUAAUGGCUACUCAGUUAUCAACGACUGAAAGAAAAGUUGUAGAAACAUCAUCUGAAUUAAACGAACUAAAACAGCUAAAAAACAAAUAUGAAUUGACUAUUAAUAAAUUGAUAGAGGUUAAAAAUAAUUCAACUUUGAUAAAUAGCUAA